CUCCAAGGCUUUGACCUGCGGCGAAGCUUGGCUCGCAUUAAUGGCAUAAUCGAAGCCAGUCCGGGCUGGGAGAUAGCGAUCACAAUGGAGCUGGUGGUAUUGUUUCCUCGAAGAAAUAUGGCUCUCUUCUGUCCACAUAAAUUCCCAGAUUCCCUCAACUUCACAACUCAUCCAACAAACCACAGCCGUCUCUUCACUGUCUAAAUGUUUUCACUCCUCUACUACCCUCUAUGGGCCUUUGCUUCCUGCCUCGCUAUCAUCACUCUCAAUGUAUUAUACCAGAAACUCCCUCGAAACGCCAACGAGCCUCCAUUAGUGUUCCACUGGCUUCCGUUCUUCGGUAAUGCUGUUGCUUAUGGACUCGAUCCUUAUGGCUUCUUUGUGAAGUGCCGAGAAAAGCACGGCGAUGUCUUCACCUUUGUCCUCUUCGGUCGAAAGAUCGUUGCCUGUCUUGGUGUUGAUGGCAAUGACUUUGUUCUCAACAGUCGAAUUCAAGACGCCAACGCCGAAGAAAUCUACGGGCCAUUGACAACGCCUGUCUUUGGCAGCGAUGUCGUAUACGAUUGUCCAAACUCAAAGCUCAUGGAGCAAAAAAAGUUUGUCAAGUUUGGUCUUACCCAAAAGGCUCUUGAGUCCCAUGUUCAGUUGAUCGAACGAGAGGUUUUAGAGUACAUCCAAGCAGUACCUUCAUUCUCUGAGAAGUCUGGCACAGUUGAUGUAUCCAAAGCGAUGGCUGAGAUCACCAUCUUUACUGCUGCCCGUUCUCUGCAAGGUGAAGAAGUUCGACGGAAGCUUACCGCUGAGUUUGCAGCUCUGUAUCAUGACCUCGAUCUAGGCUUUACUCCGGUCAACUUCCUGUUCCCCUGGCUACCUCUGCCUCACAACCGACGUCGAGACGCUGCUCAUUCAAAGAUGAGAGAGAUCUAUAUGGGCAUUAUCAAUGAACGAAGAAGAGGCGGAGGAGACUUGGAAAAAAGAACCGAUAUGAUCGCCAACUUGAUGAGUUGUGCCUACAAGAACAGGCAGCCCAUUCCUGACAAGGAGAUCGCACACAUGAUGAUCACUCUUCUCAUGGCCGGACAACACUCUUCAUCAUCUGCUAGUUCAUGGAUCGUACUGCAUCUGGCUUCAUCCCCUGAUAUCACUGAGGAACUCUACCAAGAGCAAGUCAUCAACUUGAGUGCUAGCGGCGCUCUCCCACCCCUGCAGUACUCCGACCUCGACAAGCUCCCGCUUCUCCAGAAUGUUGUCAAAGAAACACUCCGAGUUCAUUCUUCUAUCCACUCUAUUCUGCGAAAGGUCAAGAGACCCAUGCAAGCACCUGGCCCACCUUACACCAUCACCACCGACAAGGUUAUCCUCGCUUCACCAACUGUUACAGCGUUGAGUGAAGAACACUUCCCAGACGCCCAAAGAUGGAAUCCUCAUCGGUGGGAUAAUAAGCCCCAGGAGGAGGCCGUGACGGACGAAGUCAUUGACUACGGCUACGGUGCUGUCUCUAAAGGAACAAAAAGCCCAUAUUUACCCUUUGGUGCGGGCCGGCAUCGAUGUAUCGGAGAGAAGUAUGCUUAUGUCAACUUAGGAGUUAUCGUCGCGACGUUGGUGCGUAACUUCAGACUGUCGACUCUUGAUGGCAAGCCUGGUGUUCCAGCAACCGACUUCACUUCUCUCUUCUCGAGACCAGCCCAACCUGCCUACAUCAAAUGGGAACGCAGGAAGGCUUAGAUAAGUGGCAAUAGGGGAAGAAGAGUAAUAGUUCGGACGAAUAAGGGAGUUCCAUAGACAACUUUUAGUGAGUGCAUCACAUCGAUAUCAUAUCCGAAAUGGACAACAUAAUAAUAGCUACUGUUUCUAUUGUAGAAGCUAAACAAAAAGAGGAGCAUGCGCACGGCUUCGUUUUCAUGUCCUUCAAUGAAUCGUCACCCUUAGGUAUCACCUAGCAACCAUGGUAUAUAAAAAAGAUGCCCUAUUUGCACAAUUCCAUCUCUACUGUUGCGAACCGC